GUGAUUACAACUCGUGAUAGCCGAUCAAAUUGCUCCUGUGUUGUGAGUGUGUUCAGAAGUUGGUGAUUUUAGUUAGGCUUGUCAAGCAGACAUAAUAAGUUGAAGAGGGAGAGAAGCCGCAUCAUGUUUCUGAAAGUGGUUGGCGUUGUUGCCUUGGUUACCGCGGCCAUUUUGGUGUACGUUGAAGGAGCAAGGUUUGAGGCGUGCUUGAACACCAAGUUUGAGAGAGGGAUAAAUAUCGGUGUCAAGAACUACAAGAGGCCAUGGGAGUACCCAGAAGUCUUAGCGUCCCUCCCCACCCAGUGGGACUGGCGUAACGUCAACGGCACCAACUACGUCAGCACCACCAGGAACCAGCACAUCCCACAAUACUGUGGCUCCUGCUGGUGUAUGGCUGCUACCAGCGCUCUGGCAGACAGACUGAACAUCAAACGUAAGGCGGCCUGGCCUUCAGCAUAUCUCUCUGUACAGCACGUGAUUGACUGUGGCAAAGCCGGAAGUUGUAACGGCGGGUCUGACGACCUGGUGUGGAAAUACGCCCACGACCACGGCAUCCCCAGCGAGACGUGCAACAACUACCAAGCCAAGAAUCAAGACUGUACAGACUUCAACAAAUGUGGGACGUGUACAACCUUUGGGGAGUGCGCCAGUCUCCAGCAGUACAGCUUAACUAAAGUGGGUGACUAUGGUAGUCUCCGUGGACGGGACCAGAUCAUGGCGGAAGUUUACAAGAACGGACCAGUCAGCUGUGGUAUCGACGCCACUGAACUUCUCCACAACUACACGGGAGGAAUCUAUCAGGAAUACAAUCCCGCUCCCCUGGAGAACCACGUGGUAGCCAUCAGCGGAUGGGGUGUGAGUGACGGCAUUGAAUACUGGGUAGUCCGCAACUCCUGGGGGACGCCAUGGGGUGAGAACGGUUGGUUCAGGAUCGUCACCAGCACCUACAAGAACGGCCAGGGCAACAACUACAACCUGGCAAUAGAGAGCAACUGCGCUUACGGUGACGUCAUUGUGUAAACACAAAA